CCGCGCCCCAGCCAAUCCGCGGCGGCCGGCGUCGGAGGCGAUCCGCCUCGCCCGUGGCCCUCCUGCCCCCGGUGCCGGAUCGCUGCUCGCUCACUUCUCUGCUGUGCCACCCGCCGCCGCAGCCACCGCGCGCCUCCGUCCCCGGACUCGCAGAUCGCCCAAGAUGGCAGAAGCCCACCAAGCCGUGGCCUUCCAGUUCACGGUCACCCCGGACGGGAUCGACCUGCGCCUGAGCCACGAGGCCCUGAAGCAAAUCUACCUGUCUGGACUGCACUCCUGGAAGAAGAAGUUCAUUCGAUUCAAGAACGGCAUCAUCACCGGCGUGUACCCAGCGAGCCCCUCCAGCUGGCUCAUCGUGGUGGUGGGCGUGAUGUCGACCAUGUACGCCAAGAUCGACCCCUCGCUGGGAAUCAUCGCCAAGAUCAGCCGGACCCUUGAAAGAACGGGCUGCAUGUCCAGCCAGACGAAGCAGGUGGUCAGCGGCGUGCUGUUCGGCACGGGCCUGUGGGUGGCCCUGAUCUUCACCAUGCGCUAUUCCCUGAAGGUGCUGCUGUCCUACCACGGCUGGAUGUUCGCCGAGUACGGCAAGAUGAGCCGCGCCACCAAAGUGUGGAUGGCUAUGGUCAAGAUCUUUUCUGGCCGCAAACCCAUGCUGUACAGCUUCCAGACAUCUCUGCCGCGCCUGCCGGUCCCUGCCGUGAGGGACACAGUGACCAGGUACCUGGAGUCGGUGAGGCCGCUCAUGAAGGAAGCCGACUUCAGGCGGAUGACGGCUCUUGCCGAAGACUUCGCCGUCAGCCUCGGGCCCAGGCUGCAGUGGUACCUGAAGCUGAAGUCCUGGUGGGCGACCAAUUACGUGAGCGACUGGUGGGAGGAGUACAUCUACCUGCGGGGCCGGGGGCCGCUGAUGGUGAACAGCAACUACUACGCGAUGGACCUGCUGUACGUGACGCCCACGCACAUCCAGGCCGCCAGGGCGGGCAACGCCAUCCACGCCAUCCUGCUGUACAGACGCAAGCUGGACCGGGAGGAGCUCAAACCGAUUCUUCUCCUGGGGUCCACCAUCCCGCUCUGCUCCGCCCAGUGGGAGCGCAUGUUCAACACGUCGCGGAUCCCGGGCGAGGAAACGGACACCAUCCAGCACGUGAGGGACAGCAAGCACAUCGUCGUGUUCCACAAGGGGCGCUACUUCAAGGUCUGGCUGUACCACGACGGCAGGCUGCUGCGGCCCCGGGAGAUCGAGCAGCAGAUGCAGCGGAUUUUGGACGACCCGUCGGAGCCGCAGGCCGGGGAGGCGAAGCUGGCGGCCCUCACCGCGGGUGACAGGGUGCCCUGGGCCCGGUGCCGCCAGGCCCACUUCGCGAGCGGCAAGAACAAGCAGUCCCUGGACGCGGUGGAGAAGGCGGCGUUCUUCGUGACGCUGGAUGACACGGAGCAGGGCUACAGGGCGGAGGACGCCGAGACGUCCCUGGACACCUACGCCAAGUCGCUGCUGCACGGCAGGUGUUCCGACAGGUGGUUCGACAAGUCCUUCACGUUCAUCGUCUUCAAGAACGGGAAGAUGGGCCUGAACGCGGAGCACUCCUGGGCGGACGCCCCCAUCAUGGGGCACCUCUGGGAGUACGUCAUGUCCACAGACAGCUUCCAGCUGGGCUACCUGGAGGACGGCCACUGCAAAGGGGACGCCAACCCAAACAUCCCACCCCCCACCCGGCUGCAGUGGGACAUCCCGGAGGAGUGCCAGGAGGUGAUAGAGACGUCCCUGGCCAGCGCCAACCUUCUGGCCAACGACGUGGAUUUCCACUCCUUUCCCUUCGACGCCUUCGGAAAGGGGCUGAUCAAGAAAUGCCGCACGAGCCCCGACGCCUUCGUGCAGCUGGCCCUGCAGCUGGCGCACUACAAGGACAUGGGCAAGUUCUGCCUCACCUACGAGGCUUCCAUGACCCGGCUGUUUCGCGAGGGGAGGACGGAGACCGUGCGGUCCUGCACCUCGGAGUCCUGCAGCUUCGUGCUCGCCAUGAUGGACCCCCACCGGACGGUGGAGCAGAGGCUCAGGCUGUUCAAGAUCGCCUGCGAGAAGCACCAGCACCUGUACCGCCUGGCGAUGACCGGCGCUGGGAUCGACCGCCACCUCUUCUGCCUCUACGUGGUGUCCAAGUACCUCGCCGUCGAGUCCCCCUUCCUGAAGGAGGUCCUGUCCGAGCCAUGGAGGCUGUCCACCAGCCAGACGCCGCAGCAGCAGGCGGAGCUGUUCGAUUUGGAGAGGAACCCCGAGUACGUGUCCAGCGGAGGGGGCUUCGGGCCGGUCGCUGACGACGGCUACGGCGUGUCGUACAUUCUGGUGGGAGAAAACCUCAUCAAUUUCCACGUGUCCUCCAAGUUCUCCUGCCCAGAGACGGACUCCCACCGCUUCGGCCUGCACCUGCGGCAGGCCAUGGCUGACAUCAUCACGCUGUUCGGCUUCCACGCCAACUCCAGAAAGUAGCCCCCGCGUCGGCCGCCGGGAGGGGAAGGGAGCUCUCCGGACCGGAAACCAAACGACAAAUCGUCCUUAAUCCUGAUCGUAGUCCAGGAUGGAAAAUUCCUCUAAAGAAACUCAGAAGUGUUCUUGCCGUCGAGGGUUUGGUGUUUUUUGUUUUUUUGUUUUUGUUUUUGUUUUCCCUGGAACAGCAGCCUCCACCACGUGAAGUAGCCCCCCCGCGCCUUUCAGGUGGGCCCCGGCUUGGGGGACGUUUGCGGGAGCGCCCCCGAAAGUCCUCGCAUCCGCUCGUGUUUAUCGAGGGACUAGAACGGCGCGGAGCUCGUUAAAGGAACCAGUGGGGUUGUGACCGCACGCGCGCUGGGGGUGGCCGCACCUCCCCGGGCGCGGCCCAGCGCCGGGUACUGAGGGGCAUGUCGCUGUGUCCGACUGGUGCAAGCCCCUGUUCUGUCCCGAGAGCAGAGCGCCCUGCGAGCGAGUCGGAGACGGUAGCGGCUCGUCGCGGACACGCGUGUGACACGUGCUUUCGGGAAGAGCCUUCGCCCCCGGGCGCCCGCCCAUCCGCCUCGGGAGCUGCCGUGUGCGCGUGUUUAGUGCCCCAGGCCUUGCGGGUGCCCCCCAGCCCAGUGCCUUACACACGGGAGGCCCUCGGCGUGAGGGAGGCCGGACGAGGGGGUUAUUUUGUAAAUAAGUAAAUGCAAUUGUGGGUGUCUCGCUCCUUCUCAGCUCACCGAGUGGGUCGCCCUAACUAGGUGUUUUCUGUGGCUCGCCCACCCCUAGAGAGCCCGGCUCCCCCUGGGGUCCGCUGUGUGGGUUCCCCCCUCACGCUGCCUCCCUUUCGAGAGUGGGCGUGCGUCAGAAACGGGGGGCGUUGGGUAGGGUGCUCAGACGUCGCACGUCUCGUGCAGUGCCUGCCCAGUGACACACACGGUGUGUGCCUCAGCAGUACCCGAGCUGGUGGCAAGCUGGCCGUGACCUUUGCUCCUGAGAAAGGAGCAAAACUUGAGAAAAGGGAAGAGGAACCUCCACAUAAAUGGUCGGGAGAGGGCAGUGCCGAGGCGCCAGGCUGAGAGCUUUCUAACCCCCGCUGGCCAGAGAGAGAGAAGACCCCCUCUGCUUCCAAAGGAGGUGGGGACACGGUGCACCGGGUCACCUUGGUGGCCGGCUGAAAUGUCGCAGGUGAUGAGUGCUGGCUUUAACACAGCCUACCCUUUCGACAGGAGUGCCUUAUCAAAAAAAAAAAGGGGAGUGGCCAAAACUAUGCACUGAAUUGUCUUCGGUAUUUCACGUAAAAAGAAAGGAUCCUGAAAUGAGUGACCCGCUGUCUCCGGGCAGUCCCGACAAGCUUGGCCGUCCCUUAAAGCAACUGUGUAUUUAUUUCUCUGACCACUUUGCCCUGGCUGGGCUCGCCCCCCCCGGGGGACCCCUGCCCCUGGGGGUCGCAGGACGGAGCCGCACCACCUGCGAGGAGCAGGAGCCGGCCCGGAGCUCACCACGUUUAUUCACGUCUGUGUCGUAAUGCAAAACCCCCACCCGAUGGGCCAAAGAUGUUUUCCUCUUAAGAGCAAGAAGUGAGAACAGGAGAAGAAAAAAAAACCCAUAGUAUGAAAGUCCCCGACUCAUCUGGGGUACACAGUCCGGGGGGAGGUGUGGACGCCCCAGCCCCCUCCGCCUCGGGCAGCGGGGCUUCCGGUCAAAGCCCGUCGGCCCCCACAGCCACCUGAAUCAUGCACCACUGACCACUGACCAGUCUGUAUCACCCAGCGUUCUUCAAACGUCCACGUGUUAGCACGCAGAUCUAUUUGGGCUUCUCUCUCAGGUUUUAAAUAUUUUUGCAAAUCAGUGCCGUUGUCAAUGCAAUUUUUAUAUUCCUUAAAGGACAGGAGAGUGGAUUUUUACUGUACAUGUUGAAAAGGCAGAGGUGAGAGUCUUACGUGUUUAAUUUAAUUCGGAACGAACCGAGGUCUCGCCAGGGGCUGGGGUUUGAAUCUGUCUGUCGUCUCGGACUGUGCGUCACGCUGCAUGUAAAUACAACCUGCUCUUUCGGAUGUAAAUCUUAGUGUUGCCACUGAUAAAAAAAACAUUAAUCCCAGCCUA